UGUCUCUGAUAAGAAUGCUUCUUCUAAUCACAUGGCCUACACUACCCAGAGUCAUAUCAAAGGAAUUUAUCCAUUUGUUUUGUUUUAGGAAAGCUAUUAACAAAUGUAACUAUAGAAGAAACAUUGUUACUAUAUGGAAUUGUAGAGGUGAAAUGCCACAAGAAGGUCAGGUUUGCCGCUGUCCUGGAAAGUGGAAGAACCAACUGCUGUUUGGUGUUAUUGAGAAGGUUGAUGUUGGAAGACCUCUUGAAGAACAGUGCGUGGACGUCAGAUAUCUUAAACCACGACACGGUGGCCUAUAUGAAGUAGACCGAUGUAAAAAAAGAGCCUGGUUUAAAUUGAGUGAGAUAAAACUUGUGAGUGCGAAAAGACUCCCUCAAGAUAUGUAUUUUGUUGAGGAAAAGAGCAUUUUGGGAAAUGUUUCCCUUGAAGUGGCUUCAAUCACAGGUGAUCAACAUAUGACAGAAUAUAACAGGUUGAAACAAAAUUGGCUUCGUAAAUUAGUUGUAUUCGAUGUACUAGGCUUUUCUCUUAUUUCUUUGGUUUCUUUUCGCCUAGCCAUGGAUUUCCUGUUGGGUUCUAUGUUCGGUUUUGUGUACCUUCGAUUGUUGAUGGACAGUGUAGACAGUCUUGGCAAGGAUUCGUUUAGCUUUGUCCGUUCAACAAUGAAUUCUGCAAGGCUUCUUAUUCCACUUGCAGCAAUUUGUACUCAACUUAUCCUAACGAGGUCGUCAAGUAUGGCAUGUAUGAAGAAUAUGUCCAGCUUUUCAAUUUGGAAUCUGAUGGCCACUAUGGCUGGAUUGUCUUCGUAUCGUUUACCUGUUCUGUUUUCUGCAUCUGAAACGUUAUUUAGUUCGUUGCAGGGUGUUUCAAAGAAUAUUCAAACAAGUGACAAAAAAUAUUUGUCGACAGAAAGCGCUGAGAAACCUACCUCAUGCAUCGUGCUUUCUGGACCCUCGGGUGUAGGAAAAUCAACUUUUAUUAGAAAACUUCUUCAUGAUUAUCCUGAUGUUUUUGGGUUUUCUAUCUCUCAUACCACUCGUUUACCUCGAGAACAUGAGAAAGAUGGAAUUUCUUAUUAUUUCAUUAGCAAAGAAAGGUUUCUGGAGGAUGUUGCAAAUGGAAAAUUUAUCGAAUAUGCACAAGUUCACGGAAAUUUUUACGGCACUUCGUUUGAUUCUGUGAAGCAGGUUAUUGAUAGUAAGAAAAUAUGCUUAUUAGAUUUGGAUAUUCAGGGAGUAGAAGCCGUAAAGAAGUCGAUGCUAAGAGCUACUUUUAUUUGGAUAGCAGCUCCUUCUAUGGAAGACUUGGAAUCAAGGUUGAGAAAUCGAAAGUCUGAGAAUGAAGAGUCCAUCCAGAGAAGACUUUGUUCAGCAAAGGAAGAAAUUUUAUUUGCUUUGAGAAGCGGUAUAUUUGACUAUACAGUGAUGAAUGACGAUAUAGAUCGAGCUUAUGAAGAUUUAAAGUCGUUACUUCGACCAUAUAUAUAAGUAGUAUAAUGAAAUUUUGAUCGUUUGUGAAAAGCUGAUAAAUAGAAUGGAUUUAAU